UAAUCGCAAGAGCGUGCCACGAAAAGUGGUUGUAUCCUUCUUCUGUUUCGAUCACUGACGCGUCAGAAUUAAUGUGGCUCUGAAUUUUGGUUGAGACCUGACCGUUUGCCACUGUUCCCCGAGCGUGCGGAGGGUGAGCACGGUAAUCAUGCUCCACUCGAUUUCGGCCGACGACCGAUUUUACCGGAUUAAGCCGCGAGGCUCUGGAGAAAUAGAGAUUGUUCAUUCUUUCAGUGAGCAUGCUUAUGUGCGGUUGGUGGCCAUCUCUCAAGCCGAAGGAAAACGAACCGGGAACAAAGCGACUAGAGAAGCGACAUCCAGGGGUUGCGUCUGUCACAUUGGCUGCAAUCGUCAACGCACUGGCCUGGCAUUUCUUCGUUUAUGUUGGAGCUUCCGUUAA